AUGCGUCAAAAAGAAUUUUUUGAUGAAACAGUCUAUUAUCGAAUAUGGAUCAGUGUCUUGGUAUUCUUUUGGAUGCGAUGUCGUGUGUAUAGCGCCUGGAUGGUUGCGGAAUCGAUUUGUGUAUUGAAUGGGAUUGGAAUUUAUCCAGAAGAAAGUUGUCCGUCGGUUGGCAAAGGACCCAACAGAAUUGAUAUUUUUAAAGAACAGAUGAAUAGCAAAAAUACAAGGUAUAAUUCGGAAGCAGUACGUAAUUUGGAUAUUUGGUCAAUCGAAAUGAGUGCUUCAUUUCGUAGUGGCAUAAGGGCAUGGAAUCGUACGGUUCAAUUUUGGCUUGCAAAUUAUGUAUACAAACGUGUGCCACGAUCUAUAGGAUUAGUACUCACGAUGUCAGUUAGUGCUUAUUGGCAUGGCAUACAUCCAGGAUAUUAUUUAUCUUUUCUCACGGUCCCACUUUGCAUGUUAGCUGAAGAUCACCUUCUAUCAUUGGUCCCAAGGGAUCAAAAUGGCAAUUUACCGUUAUCAUGUACCGUUUUUUGGUAUAUCAUACGACAGCUUGGUUUUACGCUAAUGGCAUCUGGUUUCUUAUUGUUAACGUGGCGUGAUACUAUUCGCUAUUGGAAUUCAGUGUAUUUUCAUGUUCACUGGAUAAUGAUAACAGUCAUUGUUUUCUCGUGGUUCUACAAAUCAGUAAUGAUUUCUACAGGACCGAAGAAUAUGGAGGAGAAACCGUACAGCAGAGAGGUUACGAAGCUUGAUUAA